AUGAACAUCAAGGGGCUCUUUGCAUUUGCUGUCGUUGUGCUCACGGGCGUUCUUAAUGUCGAGGCGGAAGAAAAAGUCGCGGUCGUCAACCCCAGUUCGACUUUUCUGAACGUCUUGAACACCAAGCGUCUAGCGAUGGGCCACGCUGCCGUAUGCUACAACUCGAAGCUUACCAGUGCUGCACAGUGGCUUGCGGACGACAAUGCCAAGAAUGACAAAGUCAAAACCACGGGAUCAGAUGGUUCGAAUGCGACCACCCGUUACAAAGCUGUAAGCAUGCAGCCCACCAAGUUGGCUGAGCUUGUGGCUGGUGGCCAAAAUAGCGUGGAAACUGUCUUAGAGGCGUGGAACAAUGGGCCUUCGAGCAAUCUCUUUGAAGACUUCCAGCUGAUUGGCCUUGGUUACACCUUUAACGCGACCUCGACGUACAAGCACUACUGGGUGCUCGACUUGGCAAGCGCCGAUAACGAGUUUUGUGAUACCGUAUGA